AAGUUCCAACAAGACAUGAUGAUGAAGCAGUUCAUGGCCAUGUUAAAGAAGAAUGAAAAUGAGCGUCCCCCACCUACCAAGCUGUUGAAUCUAGCAGGACAGCUUUGCCAGGAGCUCCAGAGCUCAUCUACUACUCUGGAGAAGCUGGUUGAAGCCGUGAUGGAAUGCAAGAACAAGAUAGAUUUUCUUACUAACAUCCAUGUUGUCCGGGCUUGUGUGUCCGUUCAUAUCCAUAAAGGGCAACAUGAUGCAGCCUGCAGACUCCUGGAGUAUUGCAAGGCAGAAGAGAAGGAAGAACUGGUGAAACUUUGGCAUGAGAUUCACUACCGGAGGGUUAUGGAGAAACACCAGACAGAUGUUCUGACACCACUGCAGAAAUUCCGUUGUAGGAAGAGGAAUCCUCCACCUAUUUCCCUUUGUCCUGAGGGUUUGAAGAAUCGAAACUAUUCAGAAGAAGUACGCCAGCACCUGUACAAGUUUGCUGCAGAGGUGACAGCAAGUCCAGACAAGAAACAACGGGAGGGAUUGGCUCGGGCCUUGAACCUGCAGCCAACUCAGGUCUAUAAUUGGUUUGCAAAUUAUCGACGACGUCAAAAAUCUUGCCUCCUUCGUAUGGAAGAGCUCAACAAUUCAUGUCCUGAGAGGGCUUUGGCUUCCCAGAGAAAUGAGCCACAGGAUAAAGGAUCUGACACUCCACAAACUGCAGAUGGAUCUCGUGCAGGCAACAUCCCUGAGCAAAUUGAGAUAACUCACAUGCCCUGUGAGCCAGGAUGCGAGCAAUCAGCUGCACCUCUGUAUAAACCUCCUGAAGGAACAUAUUUAAAUAUGCUGGAAUCCAGCUAUAUGCAGAGCCCUGAGCUGUAUGAAACUGGAACAAGCAUGGCUUUGUUGGCCACUCACAGCACUGAACAACCUGUACCUUUUGGCACUGCGGCUGUGAUGGAACCAGGAACCUGCUUUGGCUCUCCUGUGCUGCUGCCUGCAGAAGCAGUGAGCAGGGCUACUGCCAGCCCCUGGCAGGGGAACUUUGUCCUGCACUCUUAUGAGUCCCUUCCGUCUGCGAAUUAUUGGCUGCCCAUGUGGUGGGCCCCUUAUGGCACUGAAGGAGUCUCUGACUCUGCGUGGACCCCAGGUGUAGAAGCAGGUAUCAGAGUUCCCUUGAGCACAGCCCCUCAAGGUGGCUGUGUCGAAGCCAGUUCAGAAAGAAUCAUUCAGCAGUCAGAUUUACAGGAUGAAAGCUUAAUCCUUAGAGGAGGACAGCUAGGGACCGUGGAAUCUAUUAUGCACAGUUCCUCUCAGACUGUGUUUGGCAACCCUCAGUGCCCACCUGUUUCUGCACCCUGUGUGGAAGAAAGCCAAGCCCUGGGACAAAGCCAGGUAAGAACACACCUAAAGUUCAGAGAAAGAAUCUGUACACACGAUCCCCUGCAGCUCUCUCAGAGGAGAUGUGAAAUCUCAUAUCAUAUUUAGUAUGAAAUAUGUUUGAUCUAA